CGACGAUCCACUGGCCAUACAGCAUCCAAACGUCCUGUACACGUACACAUAGGCCACGGGAGCGACGAUCCAGCCGCGCAGGCGCCGACUUGCAUGGGGUACGCGCUUCUUCUAGACGCGGGGAACCCGACGAUAUCGCCUAUCCUCGAUGUGCGCCUUCUCAUGGACCUCGAGGAGGACCUGCGCAUGUGUUUCGAAAGGUUCCGCAGGUGACAAACCGUUCCAUCGGACGAGCACCCCGCAUUCCGGGGUCCGAUCCGUGCGAUGAAGAGUUUAGGCGGGCCCACGGUGGGCCAGCGUGGGCCAUCGGCGGUCUGUGACGGACGCCGCGUCGAACGGCGGCCAACCACGACGGCGCUGCUGACGACGGUCGGGGAAGCCGCCUGAUGGGGCGCGGGGGGCGGGUUCUAGGGCGAUCCCAGACUUCGUCGCGGCGGGCGACGAGGCCGAGCAGCGCAGGCCGGUUUCGAACGGCUUCGCGCGGCUGACGGUAUUUCCCGCAUCGGCGUGCGUUUCGUAAUGCCUGAUUGGACGACUCCACUCACCGUCGCCCGAAAUUUGCUGGGUGAACAGGCGCUGCCGAUGAUGUCACCCCCCUCGGCGGGCUGCCUAUAAGAGGUUUCCGCCUCUCAUCCGCCCCUUCCCUCUUUAUCUCUUUGCCCCAUCGUCUCGAUCGAGGGUAAGGGCUUCUUCAACGACACGCACGACCUCCACGACUUCCCAUCAUCGUUCCCCAAUACCCCCGCAAAUCCCUUCCCCACCCGCGCAGCACACAUGGCUCUCUUUUACGUAGAUGGCCUACCCAUUGGGUGGAUAGCCAUCAUGCUGGCUGUCCUAGCCUCCAUGGGAGGGUUCAUCUUCGGUUAUGACACUGGUCAAAUUUCAGAUAUCCUCCUCAUGGAUGACUUCAAGCUACGGUUUGCGCAGUGUGGCACUGCGGGCGACGUCAAUUCAUGCAACUUCUCCACCGUCCGCGAGGGUCUCAUUGUCGCCCUCCUCUCCAUCGGCACGCUCGCCGGUGCCUUGUUCGGUGCACCAACGGCCGACUACCUCGGUCGUCGGUAUGCCAUGACCGCGGAGUGCGGCGUCUUCAUGGUCGGUGUAAUCAUUCAAAUCACCUCCUUCCACUCGUGGCAGCAAUUCGCCAUCGGCCGUCUCGUCAGCGGCCUGGGUGUCGGCUCUCUCAGCGCCGCGGUACCCAUGUACCAAGCAGAAACGGCACCACCCCAGAUCCGUGGUACGCUUACUGCGACUUACCAGCUCUUCAUUACGUUUGGUAUCCUCGUUGCCUACUGUAUCUCCAUCGGAGCGCGCAACAUCGAGGGCUCCGGAUCGUGGCGCACAGUCGUCGGCAUAGGUCUCUUGUGGCCGAUCAUCCUCGGCGUUGGUAUCCUCUUUAUGCCCGAAAGUCCCAGAUGGCUCACCGCACAUGGUCGCUUCCCUGAGGCCCGUGCCGCCAUCGCACGCACGCGCGGCAUUCCCGAAGCUGAGGCGGAGAACCACUCCUUCGUCCAGCGUGAGCUCGACGAGAUGAAAUCCGCAAUCGACUUCGAGAGCAAGAUCAAGGCCGGUUGGUUGGACUGCUUCAAGCCCCAGCGGAUGUCGCUUUACCGCACGCUGCUCGGCAUGACGCUGCAGAUGUUCCAGCAGCUGACAGGCGCCAACUACUUCUUCUACUAUGGUGCCACCAUCUUUACGUCGGUCGGCAUUGAGGAUUCGUUUGUCACCCAAAUCAUCCUCGGCGCGGUCAACUUCGUCUGCACGUUCGGCGGCAUGUACGUCAUGGAGAAGUUCGGUCGCCGUUGGCCUCUGAUCAUCGGCGGUAUCUGGCAAUCCCUGUGGCUCUUCGUCUUCGCCGCGGCCGGAACUGCUGGAGACCCGCAGACGGACAAAGGCAUCGGCAAGCUGAUGAUUGUCAGCGCCUGCAUGUUCAUCUUCGGCUACGCCAUGACGUGGGCACCGGGUAUCUGGAUUCUCAUCGGCGAAACCUUCCCCACGCGCACGCGCGCCCGUCAAGCUGCGCUCUCCACCGCGAGCAACUGGCUGUGGAACUUCCUCCUCGCGUUCUUCACCCCCUUCAUCGUGUCCGCGAUCGAGUACCGCUACGGGUUCAUCUUCGCGGCGUGCAACCUCACCGGCGCGGUCAUCGUCUACUUCUUCCUGUACGAGUCCUCGGACUUGUCGCUGGAGAGCGUCGACAUGAUGUACUGCGACCCGACGUGCAAGCCGUGGACGUCGCGCACCUGGGCGCCCGCAGGCUUUAAGUCGCGCCAGGACCUCAUCGAGCAGGGCCGCGCCGCGGAGAUGCACAAGCCGCUCGAGGCUGGCGCCGGCGAGGAGACGCGGUACGAGAAGGCGGGCGAGUCGGCGUAGGCCCCACUGUCUGCCGCUUCUCCCUUCCCCUUCACUUCCCUCAAUCAUCGCUUUGAAAAGGACGUGCCCCGUUCCCUCUCAUCCACGAAGUUUUGCAUUUGGCAGUUAUACCGCGUUGGAGUGUAGGAUAGUCAUUUACUGUAAUACUUAAUGCAUCAUCAUUUCCUGGUCUUUUUGCCAUCUUGUGAUGUCGGUACUUAAUGAACCUCUGAUGACGAGGAAUU